AUGCCUACCUUCAUCUCCAUACUUACCCUCCUUUUCUUGUUGACACCAAUCCUGGCUGGUCCAAUUCGGAGGCCCGAUAAUGUAAUACGUCGUUCGAACCAGCCACCAAAACGCUAUGUGGUGAACAACCUCCUCUCAGUGACUCACGGACUGCCGAAGAGGCGGCAAGCUCCCACCGACCCAGCGAACAAAGAGGCCGCAACACAAACCGCCUCGAGCCUCAAUCCGUUCGCGACCCAGACAGGGAGUGGGACGGAGAAUGGAGCGGUGCCUGCUGUCGGCGUGGGAGGAGACAACACCAGUCUGAUCAGCCUGUUGACGCAGACCACAAUUGAAGUAGCCACUCAGACGGCGGCACCCAGCGAGACGACAACGUCGACCACAGAGAGCACUGCUGCCGAGCAGACCGCUUCUUCUGACGGAGCUACAAGCAACACCUCACAGGCCGUGGGCUCCGGAACAGCCAUUCAGCCCAAUGCCGCGCAGACCGGAGCACAGGAGCCAUCGACCUCGACCGUCACGGUGCAGGCCCAAACGACCGUCUUCCAGACCGUGUUUGUGACCGCUGAAGUCACCGCCUCCGCUACUGACUCUGGCGCUGUGCCCGCGACGGCUUCAACCACCUCGUCAGACAGCGCGGCAGAGGCGUCUCCCGCAUCGAGUACCAGCGCUGGAGACCAAGGAGACCAACCGCCCGCCGGGGCAGUGACGAUUGUGUUCGUCACGGCCAGUCCGACCUUCACGGGGCCUAUUGCUGGAUACACGACGCUGACGCCGGACGCGAACGGCAAUGCCGCGAGCACCGCGACACCAGAGACCGCGACAGAUGCAGCCACGCUACCUUCAUCCUCGUCGUUCCCGGAGCCCGCUGCUCAAACCACGCCGUCCACCUCGACCACGGAAUCGGUGGUCGUCUCUUCGUCAUCACCCGCUGAAGCAACCACGACGUCGGCGACGGAUGGAUUGGCGGUGAUUCCAGUCACGCCUAACCCGACCCAGGGCCAGGUUACGGUGACGGAGACCGUAACCACGACCGUUACUGCGCGCUAG